UGUAUUUUUAUGUAAGGAAUUAUAUUUAACGGCUCUUUCGAUGUUUGAGUAAUGGGAAAGAACAUCAUUUUGGUCUCUGACCCUGACUAACAUACUGAUAAAUCGGAUUGUCUGAUGUCAUCGAACAGAGAGCUAGAUGCUAACAACAGAACAUUAAGUAAUUCUAAGAUGAAGCGCUCUCUAGUUGAGAAAGAUGGGCCAAGUAGCGCUGAGUCAGAUCCUAAAAGGCACAAGAAAGAUGAAUCUGGCUCAACAAAACCCAAGAAAGAUUCAAACUCUAAAUCUGUUUUGGUGUUGACGAGCACUGAUGUGCGCAAAAACAACGGCAAAAUAUACCUGGCGGAUGCUAAAGAAAUCUCCCUAUUAAAGGAGACCGAACGAGGGCGAUAUAAAAAGGAGAUGAUGUUCUUCAAGACUAUGACAGAAGAGGAUGUGGAGGAGGAGCUUCGUCGCCAUUUUCCAAUUUUGAGAAAUGGUGGAAGAUUUUGCUGUGCAACAGUUGUGGAGAAGAAAACAAGGCCUAGAUUGGAGUUUCAUGACGACCCACCAACAGUGUGGGAUGGAAUUACAAUUCACAGGCGUACCAGGGGGAAUGCUUCCCUUUAUGUAUUUUUUGAG